AUGUCACGAAAGCAGAAGGCCCCUAAAGCGAACAACAAGAAAGCAGAAACCUGCCAACGUCCGGAGGUCCAACGCCUACGCGCAAGACUGCGGGAGGCUGAAACUGAAAAGGAUCGUCUAGCGUUGGAGCUAUCGGAGACGAAGGCCCACCUCAAGGACACACAGGCUUUCCUGGGGCAAACUAUAAUGGCAGCUAGAAUGGAGCCUUCGACCGCCGCAUCAGCGUCGUCAAUGUCUGUAGCACCUGCGGAACCUAUUAACGGAGCACGGAAACGGAGUCGCUCAUCUUCAAUCACAUCCAUCGACAAUGAAUCCGCACCGUCUUCAAAAAAAGCAAAGAAAAAAGCAAAGCCAAACUUACCAAAGGCGAAGCAAUCAACGAGAGGCAAGGCGAAAUCUUCCCCUCAGCCACCAGGUCGUAAGACAAAAAAUCUUAAUGGCGGUGGCAAACGGAAGAAAAGCAAAAAUCGAGCCGCGCAGGGCCCUAGAAAAUGA